CGGCGGCGGCGGCGGCGGCGGCGGGAGCAGAGGAGAGGCCUGCACCGGGCCCGAGCUGCAGGUGCAGCAGGCUGUUUCCAGCGCUGGCAGGCUCACAGACCGCGAUGUGACAGAAGAGGGCCAGGCUUCCCUGCCCCCCCCUGUGAUACACCCUCUGCCUGUGAGGAGCUCUCAGGUGAGAGGGAGGACAGAGGACAUGCUGACAAAUACAGGGCAAGGGACCAGGGCUGCAUGGGCCUCCAGAGAGCCUUUCCCUAACCUGCCAGGGCCACCACGUGGCAUGCUGGCACUCCUUUGAUCAGCACUGGGCCAUGCACCUAACCCUGGACAGUCCCAGCCCCUUCUGGCCACAGCUCCUCUGCUCUGUACAGGCCAGACUGCACCUGGCUAUAGACCUAGCCCCAAGUCCUGCAGGCAGCAGAGCCUGGAAAGGUCGGCGUUCCUGAUAAAGGGCCCCACGCGGGCAAAACAGGCUGGAGAGGCAUCCGUGGCCCAUAGGCCUUGACUUUGCCGCUCUUUGCGAUCUCAGGCUAGCGCCUGCGCCUCAGUGUCCUCCACCAUUCAGCGAGAGCAUGUGUGCUAGUGAGCAGGUGCCCCGUGGGAGGGGCAGCGGGGUGCUUAUGGGGCCCUGGUGCGAAGGCAGGGUAACUGCGGCAGCCCCGGCCAGGGGAGGACUGGGCGUCCAGCCUCGGCAAGGGCUUUACUCAUCUCCCCACCAGCUCCCGAGGCGCGUACCCAAGGUGGUACCGGCCACUAGGUCCCACCCCCUACCCGAGGCCCCGCCCCUAGAGCUGAAGUCCACCCAGUGCAAGGCUCCCGCCCAGAGCCCGCCCAAACCCACGCCUCCCGAGCCGGGCGGCUCAGAGCUGGUGCAGCCCAAGCCGGGUCCUGGACAGAUGAGGCCAGCUGACCCCGAACCUGGUGUUUAGGAAAACCCUUGAGCGCAGAGGCUUCUGGGAAAUAUAGUUCCCACCGGGCGCACCUCCACCCCUGCCCUGUCAGGCCUGUUUUGCGCAUGCGCCAGCCUCCUCUCAGCAAGGGGCAGAAUCUGUAGGGGCUGUGGGCGGGGCUUCUGGCGCCUGCGCACUGGACCUCUGUUGUCCGCCUCCCAACUCCCGGUCUUUGGGCCUAAUUCUCCCCACGUCUGGUGCCGCAUCGGUACUACUCAUGUCCGGACCGGUCUGACCGGCCCCAUGCAGGCCACUCCGGUCAGCUGGCCUCUGGGCCGUGUCUGAUUUGAUCCCGCCCUUCCUGGGGGUUCCCCCCGAGUGCCAAGGACUAGGGGUGCGUGUCCAGGCCACACCCUACUGUCCCGGUUGCCCCAAGCGGAGCUCACCGUGCCAGGCCCAAACCCAAGACCCCAGUGCUCACAUCCACCCCCCACAUACAGCGACCCUGUAUGGCAGGUGCUAUGUGCCACCUCACAGAUGGAGGGGAUGCGAGGGCCAAGGAUGGGGACGCUGAGGGAUCGGGGGCUUGUGGCCCACGAGGCCACCAACCAGAGGGAAACUGUAGUUUCAGAAAUGAGCUAGAAACGUCACUUGUGUAUGAAGCCCACGUCGCCAAUCGUAAGAUAAGUAAGUUUUAUCGGCAAAGGUGUGUAAACCAAGCAUUUCUUAUCAGUUAAAAAAAACAGCAAACCUCCAAGCCGUGUGUUCGCAAACAUCUUGGUCUCUGCCUGCGGGGUAGAGGCUUGGGUCACAGUGAGGACCUCUGCCCUCUGCUUCAAAGCAGAGGCUUUGAGACGUGUGAGUAAUGGCUGGGCCCCCAGACCACCUGCAGGCCUGACCCCAGACUCGCCUCCUGUCCUGCGUUCCGGUGAGCUGCAGGUCCCUGGAGGGCCAGGACAUGCCCCAGAUGCAUUGAGGCUGAAUCACCCAGGCUGGCAAUGUCCCUGGGAGGCCAGGCCGCAGUCAACGCCCAUCCAAAAAAGGAAGGGUGGGUGGCCGCUGUGCUCCAGGAGCUGGGGCCUCCUGGGAUCCUGGGAACCCCAUCUUUGAGCCCCGCCCACAGCCCCACCCCUCCCCAGGAGGGAAAAGGCAGCUGCCAGUCGCUCAGCUCACAGGCACUGGGACCCGGCCCAGGGAACAAGAGGACAGCUUGCUGCCGUCACCACUUCAGGCCAAGCCAUGGACCCCCCUGAGAUGCUCAUCAAGGACCCGUAUGCCCACGUCAGCAUCCCGAGGGCUCACCUGCGGCCCGAGCUGGGGCAGCAGCUGGAGGCGGCUCCAUCCUCCUCGGAGUUGCAGCCUCUGCCCGUGGGGUCCUGCACCCUGGAGCCUACCGAGGAGGCCCCAGGGCCCAAGGGCGCCGAGGGGGCUGCCUCCAUCCGGGGCCAGCAGGCCUGGCAGCAGCCCUGCACCCCCGACGGCAGUGGGCAGCAGCAGCAGGCAGGACUGCCCUACGCUGGCCUGCCGCCGGUGGGGCGCGGCGACGCCAUUGCCCAUCACUGCUGGUGCUGUCCCUGCUGCUCCUGCUGCCACUGCCCCCGCUUCUGCCGCUGCCACAGCUGCUGCUGUGUCAUUUCCUAGCCUGGCCCCUGGGCCGCAGGGCCUGCUGCGGGACGGCCCCACAUGGCAAGCCCGGGCCUCUGCUCAGGUGGCCACAGCAGUGCCCGGACAGUUGGAACAGCCACUGGCCUGUUGUCAUGGGUGUUGGCCGCUCCCCACCCUGGACAGCGGCACCUACCCAACGAGAAGGCUGACAGCUCAGCCCCCGCCCCUGAAAACAGAGCCCUGGGCACUGGCCAUGAUGGCAGCCCCGGGGACACCCUUGACCACCUCUUCAAGGCCCAGGGCCAGGCAAUAAAGCAGAGCGAGCUUCGUCCCGG